GUUAAAUCUAUGCACAUUCACGAUCUUCCGUUCGAAGUCAUUACUAAGGUAUUCUUUUACUUGGCACCAUUUCACCUCCCAUUAGAAUAUGCUCUUGUAUGUAAGAGCUGGACCGUGCCCGCACUCCAGAUGUUUUAUAAGAAACUGGAUCUCAAUGACCUUCGUUGUAGCCAUGUCAAUCGAUAUUUAAAACUGAAUAAAACCGAGCGCAAGAAAUAUUUCAAGUACGGAAACUUUGUACAAGAGUUUAAAUUACUUUGCAACGAUUACCCCCCAGAAGAGUUCAAGGAAGAAGAUUUUAUAACAUUAUUGGAAUAUUUUCCAAAUAUCAAGACUUUGGACAUGUGUAGCGAUGAAAACAGUACAAAGUAUUUUCAGUAUCUACUCAGGACGAAGUCAAGCAAGUGUUUAAAUCAAAUCCAAAAAUUAAAAUUCCCACAGAAUGUCAGUCCAGAAAUACUUCAAAUGUAUCCCGCAUUACGCUACAAGUAUCGUGCAACUAUUGGUAGUAUGUCGAUUGAAUAUCAAGAUAUGUCAUGUAUAGGCGCAGAAAAAUUCGACAAGACACUUGACUAUUUAAAACAAUUCCCCAGUCUAAAAAAUUUGACAAUAACAGGAAACUACAAUUCAAAAGUGACGAUAUUCGAAAUUCAAAAAUCCUGUCCAAAUUUGACAUCCCUCAACUAUGGACUCACUUUGCGCGAUACCGAGGAGGAAAUUGGUGCAUUGUUGAACGACCCUGCCAACCGUAACGCUCUAAGUAACCUGAAAGAAUUGGUUUUAAAUGGUUCGAUAUCAGCGGGGUAUUUAAAGUAUUUGACUGAAUGUGAUCUUACUCAACUUUCCAAACUGGAAAUUCCAUUCGGUCAUGAUUUAUAUGACUGGGUUAACGACGUAAAGUUGGAGAAUCUUCUGAAAUUUUUCAAUCGAUUAAGCACUUUGGACACUACCGUUAUGUUUUUCUUACCAAAGGUCGACGAACCAAGAAACACAAGGUCGGAUGAAACGAAGAUGACUAUUUUUUUCAAGUUAGUCAAUGCGUUCAAGGGAAAAAAGAAUUUGUUUUGCCAGAUGGAUAUUGGUGACAACUCUUUGUACGAUGAGGAAGAAUGUUUGCUCUUUGAUAGUAUGCACUGUGAUCCAGUAAAUGGACUAUCUUUUUCCUACGUUUUGGAGAACACUGAGUACCAAGAAGGUGACCGGAAAAGACCCAAUAUCAACUUUAAACUACCAGACAUAGACAACACAGAAACCGGACUAGAGAUGGUCAAUUAUCUGAGGGCUUCCAUACGUUUUGACAAGAGCCCAAGCUUGGAAUCCGAGUUUAUAAAAUAUGUGUUGACCAACCACCCCAAUCUCGAACUUUUUGAUUUCGAGUAUAAUAAAAAACAUAGGCAACACAUCAGCAUUGGCAGGGACGCCAGCCACUCAGCACGAACAAAAAAAAAAUAUCACUCGUCAUCAACAAACACGAAAGAGAACCUUAGGGCCAUCGAAACCAAAAAUUUCACUCCUUCUCCAAAAUUGUUGAAGAUGUUAUCAACUCAUCUACCCAAUAUUGAAUUUUUGUCGUGCAUCGAACCAGUCGAGACAUCAAAAGAAUCCCAAUUGAUUGCAUUUAAUUUGACAACUUUCAAAAACCUGAAAACUUUUUAUGUUGACAUUGAUUCCUUAUCUUAUUAUAUGGACUUCGUUUUUGUUUGCUUUUCUCAUGGAAAUAAAAGCGCACCAAUCUAUUAUCACCAAAAAUCAGCAAAAAAUGUUUUACUUCCCUGUGACAAGAGUUUUAUGGAGGAACGCUACAGAAGCUACAAAUUCAAAUGUAGCCGAAUAAAUAUCAGAUGUACCAAGGGUACUAGAAUACUUUUCGGCCAUUAUGAAACACUCAUAGCAGAAAUCGAAAAUGGAGUUCUCCUUGAUGACAUAAACCAGGAUUCUUAUUUUAAAAAACGUUAAUAAAUGAUACAUAACCUAGACACAGUUUUCGCUUUGCAAAUCAUGACCUAGUGUUAUCUUUUCAAACGCUU